AAAGAAAGAAAGAAAUACAUUUGUCCAUAUACAAUACCUAAAUGGUUAUAAAUUCAUCAUGGAAAUCGAUACGGUUUUUCUCAAAUCAUUGAAGGGUGCUCUAAAGAUUGUAGAGAUGAUCAUAGGUUUAAUAGCAACAGGAAUCUGGUGUAUGAAUGCUUACCUGCUCUUCAAGAAAGUGACUUUCAAUCAACCAAGGAGUUCUGAUAGCCCUGCUGGGGUAUCAUAGAUACACAGGAGUGAUGACUCAGAGGAAACUACAACCCGAUGCAUAUAACGACUGGUUUAGUUUUAAGACGGUCGCUGCUAUGGGGGAUAUGGAAUCACCCGACACGACAGCACCACGCCAGUCUGGAAUAAGGGCUCUCCUCCCGGAUAAAGCUUUUGUCAUCUCGCGGAAAGGGCAGCUGCUUAUUGCUGAAGUGGUUCUGUCCUUCAUCUGCUUCAUCUGCUUCGUGGCGUCCACCGCAGCAGCCUUUGUGACGGCGCCUCUCGUUGAAUUCCUCUUGGCUUUUUUCCUGCUCUUCGCCUACUCCAGCAAGUUCAACGAGCGAUUCAAGGGCUUCCAUUGGCCACUAAUGGAUUUCCUGCGCUGCGUCAGUGCCUCUGUUAUCUUCUUCAUUAUUUCAAUAAUCUCUGUUUCAAAAUAUAUUGACGUAGCAUCCAAAGCAGCUGGGGUGUUUGGGUUCAUAGCCACCAUAGUGUUUGCAUUGGAUUUCUAUGCCAUCUUUAACGAUCUAGCUAAUUUUCUGAAGCAAGGCGACACAACGGAACAGCCUACCACAGAAGAAGACUCCAACUCUGAUUCUGACUAAAGCAAGCUUUGGAUUGCCUGGACCUCCGCCCUGACAUGGAAAUGGCAUAUAAAGUCUGCCAUAUUGAAGCUUUCUUCAUACUUUACAAUGUACAUGACAACGAAUGCAAUGUCCAUUGAGAAAUGAGAAAGCAAGCCCAUUACAGUACAGUAUAGACAAUUUAUAUGCUUGUCUGCUUCAUGACGCUGGUGCUGUAAAACAACGCGUCACUGCAGAGCAAUUAAACCUGGCAGAUGGAAACGCCACACAAUGAGCUGUAGCCAGCACUGUAUAUAUCCAUUGUUUAUCUCAAGGGGGGUUUCCAUACUUUAAAAGGGCACAACGUUAGACUUCCACAGGUACAAUCAAGGCCUUUUGAUGGAUAGGACCCUACAGUUUGAAUUGUGGUGUGGUUUUAUCUGACAGUUUUUCCACAGUGGCCCAGCAGAAGUGGCUUUGAAUAGCUUGCUUAUAUUAAUGACAAUCCUUCCUUUUAAAACUGUUUGACCAUUCAGGACUGUGAACUGGCUACAGUGUUCUUGACAGCACAGUAUUAUUAACCCAUUUUAAGUGUUUAUUUUUUUUAAAUGACUGAUUAGCUGACACUAAAAGUCUUAUUUUAUACUUUUUUUAUAAUUUUGUAAUUUUUAAUGCCUUGUCAAAACGAAUGAAGAAUGAUAUGACCAUAUAAGUGAUGUUGCUGUUGUAAAAUAUACAAUUUAUAUUGACAUUUUAGUAUUUGUUACACAGGUACAACACACACAUAUUUCAAACAUUCUAAAAACCGAAACUUGUUUGCUUUCUACCUAGUAGUGUUUGUGCAUCGAAGUGUAGAAUUUUAGGCAGAGAUAAUAGUGAAAAGACUUCUCAGAAAUCUUAGAAAUGUUGGCUGAUACCUCUCACUGUGAAUGGUUUGCUUGAGGAAGCUGUUUUUUUACUUUUACCAGUGCUGUGUGGUUAGCAAACUAACUGAUUGAUGGACAGAUAGUUGUGAUCCAUUAUACACAUGCAGAUAGUCAAUAUUGUUAUUCACUAAUAAACAUAAUUCAAAUGACCAGACUACAAACCAGCAUCUUAAGUGUUGCGAUUGGUCCUUCAGCAGCUGGUUUGCUGAAGCUAACUGCAAUACUGCCAUGUAUGUAGUCUGUCGGGGGUGGUUUACAUUAUUUGAUUUUAAUCUUCAGUUUCCUUGUACUGUAACUUGAAAUAAUGAGUCAAGAUUUGCUGUGUCUCUGACAAUCCCACCUCAGCCAGCACUGGUGGUUAAGAACAAAUGAAACUCAGGUUCUCCAGUGAGCAACCUUCCAUAGUGCCAUCAGGUACUGGGCCAUUCAAUGGACAUGGUACAAAGCAGCUUUAAUAGAAUGGUCCUGUUAUGUGUAUUCCAUAUGAUAUGAAGCUAGUUGUGUACUUCUGUUUAGUAUUUUUGGAUAUGUACAUUUUUAUUGAGAGACAUACCACUAGUGUUAUUAAUAAUACAGCACUGCAGCUGCAGCUAAUUUGGGGAGUUUUGGCAUAAAACCAUUUUAUGACAUAUUUUAUGUGCUUACUUUUACAGCUGAUCUGCAUCUCCCAUCUUCUAAAGAAUGUAGACAUCCUCUUGAUUUAUUUCAGUCUUUGGGUAACAGCAGACGGUUCUACAUUGAGGUUUCUUUGCCAGGUUAAUUUGUAGGCUGUCAAACUGAAUUAGUAGCAGAAUAGAAAAUGCAGACCAUAUGUGUGGACUGUUUCUUUUGUGACCCCUUUGAAUAGAAUCUGCAGUUCUAUAUUUGUAUGCCCAGGUAAGAUGUUCUUUAAUGAUCAUUAUAGUUCAAUGUUACCUACUUCAAAAUGAGUUUAUAUUGGAAAUAAAACGUGGCAUUGCUAGGCACUGCAUUAGUUAUGUUUCUUAUAUUAUUUUUUACUCCAGUUGCUUGCAGUGCGCUCCAAAGUUGAUGUUACAAUAUUUGAUAACAUCAACCAAAUCAAGGUAAAGUUUGACACAGCGGUCUGUGUGCUGUUAAACAUGGCUGAUUUCCAGCUGUCAAAAUGUUUGGGUGUUGGUUUGUUCACUUCGGUGUGUGAAUAUCCUUUUUCUAGGUUUCACAUUUUGCCUUUUAUUUUAUGAAUGUAUUUCUUACAAUAGUAACAUUAAGCAAUAUUUAAAUGGCUCUCGCAGGAGGUUGAAAAUGUAAUUGAUGGAUAUAUUUAAAAAAAAACUAGUGGCAAGAUCCAGUCUGCUGCAUUUUUAGACUUACUAGACCCUUCCAGUUGUGUUUUAUUGGUAAAAAAAAUAUCCUUAAGGUAAAGUGACACUCCAGCACUUUAAAUAGUAAUUUUGGAGAUGAGUAAGUCCAGAUUUUCACACUCUUACCUAUUGUUUUAAAAAAUAUAUUGACUUUGAACCAAGCCCAAGUGAAGCUUUUAAACUAAAAUCAUGCAUAUGGUAAAUAAAAGCAACGCUGUAUCAAUGUUGGUUUGCCAGUUUGCAAAACAUUCUAAGCUGGCUACUUACCCAGUCUAUCCAUGCUGCUGUGUAAGCAAUUGAUAAAUGAUUCUGCAGAAUACAACACUGGGACAAGAAUACAUUUAUUGAAAGACAAUGAGGCAUCCCAAACAACAAAGGAAAUGUAACCAGUGAUCUGUAUUAUUAAAACUUCUACAAAUACAAAAAUCCAGACAUCAGCACUGUUUCAGAGAGAGAAAAGGUUCAGUACCACUGAAAUUCACUAUGAGAGAAGCAUUCCUACAUUAUACCAGAACUAAAAAAUGUACUUGAAAAGUAACCCAUUUGGCAAGUUGGUCCAACUACAUUUUUUAGAUUUUCUUUAAGGUUCACUUCAUUGUUACAUCCACGUCUCUACACCCUCAACAAAAAUGCAAACAAACACUGUGGAAAUGUACAAUUCUCUGCCAUAGAAACAUGUGGUGCAGUAUCAGGGUGAGAAUGUUUAUAAAAAUAGAAUUACAUGGAAGAAGAGGCACAAUGAAAGUUUUUUUAUGUAAACUUUUCAAAAUUCUAAAACAAGCUUUUGAAUAACUAUUUCUGAAUCUUUACAUGUUUUAUACCAAACUGUAGGCUUGUCCAUACAAAACUGUCUGAAAGGUGAUAGAAUUAAGUAUCAUUGAACGAAUGAAUGCAAGAAUGAAGUGAAAAAAGAUGAUCAGAGACUGUGUGCGAGUGUGUGCAGACAUGGUACAGUUUUACAUUUUAAUGCCAAGGAUAAAAAUGUUUUCAUAUAUAGAUGCAUACCUGUAUAUUACAUACAGUACACACUGCAUACAACUAACAACUCCCCCUUGUGGUAGUGAAUGGAAUCACACUUUCUUCCAAAUAGCUGCCCUUGGUUGGUUCCUCGUCCAUCAUAGUACAAAUAAGCUAGUAAAGAUAGCUUAUCAAAUGCACCAGUAUAAACUAGUAGCCUGUACAGGGUUGAACAAAACUCAGGCAAUAUCAGUGGGCAGGUUUAUAACAGGUUACAUUCAUUGUGUUCAAUACACAAUGGGACUGCUGCAACAUCCUACAGGAGUGUUCAAUGAACUACAAGCAGUUGGUGUGUGUGUGUGUGUAUUUAGUCCAUCACCUAUUAACAUUGCAAAACUUGAAAUAAACAACUCUAAUUCAAGGGCUCUAACAUACUUCUUCUAGUUUUGCAGCACCAAUGGCCAAUGACACAUAACUGCUUAACAUUAUUGUAAACCCUUCUCUCCCAUGAAUUUAGGUAUAACAACAACAAAAAAAACUGGCUGGGCAUUUUUAUGCACAAAACUGAUAUAUAAUGACAUAAAAAAUAUAUAGGAUUGGAGUAAAUGGCUUUUAGAAUUCCUGCUUUAUUUUAUCAGUGACAUUACCCAGAAAUAAGACUAUAACUGCUCAACACAGGCAAGGAAUGCUACUUCUGAAAGCAGUUGGUUUGUUGUAUAUUCAAAGCAAUAUCAUUUAAUAAAAACAAAAAAAAAAGAAAUAAAUAGAUUUAAAAUACUGAUGAUAAAAAAAGAUAGUGUUUUAAAUAAACAGAGAGCUACAACAAAAUACCUAGAAACAUGGUUACAUCGAUUCAUGAACUUGAAACCAACAUCCUCAGUGCUUAGAACCAAAAUGCAAGGCACCCUACGUGAAGCAAGAAACGUUUUUGAAAUCCUUUAAGACAGACUUUGCAUUCAAAUAAUUUCAAUGAUUAAGAAUACACAGACCAAUAAAUACAUAGUCACUGCAACUAACUUACUGCCGGUUCCUGCAGCCUUAACUGAAUCAAUAUAUACAAAUACUCAUUGUGUCCAAAGCACACACUGUAUUACUGGGAAACAAGGAAAACUGACUCAUUUUCAGCCACACUCCAGCAACCACAGCCACUAAUAAUCAUUGUGUCCAAAGCACACACUGUAUUACUGGGAAACAAGGAAAACUGACUCAAUUUCAAUCACGCUCCAGCAACUACAGCCACUAGCACAGAACACACUAUCGAUAUUUUCUACAGUGACAGUGAGUUGUUAAAAAUCAUAAUUUGUUUGCAGAUAUGAUUGACAGGGGAAGGCAAAAAAACAUUUUAAAAAAAACCAAAUCCUUCAAAACAACCUUCAAAAGCCAGAAAAGUUAAAUGUAAAAACAUUAGCACAACCAAUGUAAAGGCCAUCAUAUAAAGUCAUUAUAAAACUCUGUAAAGGCUGGUGAAACACUAUUGUCACCAUUUUGUAAAAAAAAAAAAAAAAACAUGAAGUAAG